ACAGAUACACCAAAGAUUCACAGCCUCUUCUGCUGGAUACCCCGGUCCACUCCUUACAGCCUGGUGACUCCGUUCUCGUUCGGACCUGGAAGGAUGAGCCUCUCCAAGAGACGUGGAAGGGACCCCACACCGUCCUGCUUGUUUCCCACACAGCGGCAAAGGUUGAAGGGCACAAGAACUGGAUUCAUCACUCUCGACUGAAAGCAGUACCCACUCCUGAACAGUGGACUGUCCAGCCUGCAGAGAAGACUGCCAGCGACGAUUUGGGACUUAAGCUGUUAUUCAAAAGACAAUAAGGGUCACUGGGAAUGCCUUGUGAUCUCUCUGAACAGCCACAGCACACUCCCCGCGAGAACCCUGAGCAUUGGUUCUAUCUAUUCACAGAAGGCUGACCUAGCCUAUGGUCCUGGUCCUUUUAUUUUUUUUAUUUGUUUGGUGUCACUGAUUUUUAUCUUCUGGGCAUUUGGGUUGUUGUAAUCACAAUAUGGGUUCAGGUUUAGGGUCUCUCACAACAUUCCUUUUUGUCACAGAAGCAAUCCUUCUGUUACCUACUGUUUCACCCACAUCGCAUGCAGGAUGGGGAGCCAUCCCUGCAGACAUGGCUACCAAUACCUAUGAGGCCCUGAAAAUUGCCUUUGCCCGUGAGUUCAAUCUCUCCCACUGUUGGAUAUGUGCCCAGAUUCCCCACCAUUCGGCUGGGUUGCCCUGGAGAGAAGUGCCCCAAAAUUGGUCAGACUUUUGUCAAAGGUGGAUGGUUACCAGCAGCAGCACCUCUGAUAAUUUAAGUUUGCGAUCUAACUGUACCGCGGAAGCUCCGUAUGGCACAAUGGCUCUUGGAAUUCCCACUAUAGUAGCACUCUUAAGCCCCAGCCUAUUCGUCUACGUUCUCCACCCACUGGCCUCAUGUUUUCAGCAAGCCAGUACAAGUAAUCAUACCUGGUUUGCCGGCAUUAGUACAUGUAGAUUUUAUAUUGGUCCUGGUAUAAGUCUCACUGUCCCUGUACUAAAUGCCACCGGUUGGCAAACCGGCACUGCAUUCUUUGCCCUUUCCCCACAAGCCACCCUACGGGACCUACAAGGGAACAAUGGAAAAGUUAGUUAUGGUGAAGCAUUCUGGGUCUGUGGUAAUAGUGCCUACAAAUGGCUUCCUCAUGGUUGGCAUGGUAGCUGUUAUAAAGGCUAUCUCGCUCCUCCCCUCCGUGUUCUGAGCCAGGCUCCCUCAGGUCACCCCAGGUACUACCGGUCCUUGGCAGCUACCAUUGAACCCAUCGGGGAGGGAGACAGGUUUGGGAUGAUAUUCCUUCCUACUUAUGGGGUGGGACGGCUAGCCCAACUCUACAGGAGACUGUCUAAAUUUCUCACCCAGUUUGCCAAUGAUACCCUAGCCAUAGAAAAAGGCAUAAGCUCUGAGCUUUACCAACUCCGAUUAUUAUCCCUGCAAAACUGCCAGGCCCUAGAUUGUGUGUUAGCCUCACGAGGCGGGGUCUGUGCCCUUAUUGGAGAAGAAUGUUGUACCUAUGUCCCAGAGUUUUCACAGUAUAUUAACAAGCACAUCUUGUCAGCCGAACAGGCCUUGAACCAGUGGAAUGCCCAGGAAGGAGAACCCACUAUUUUCGAUUCCCUUUGGGGUUGGCUACCUGGUCUAGGGGGACUAGGGGGAAGCAUUGUUCGCCUCCUGCUCACAGGUGUUGCGAUAUGUUUUGUUCUUUUUCUUUUGCUCGCUUGCUGUAAAGUGCUCAUACAUAAGAUUUGUACCUCCCAUUCCCCAGAAGUUCCUUUAUACCCUCUCAUUGAUGAUCCCAAUUGCAUGGAGCUCAAUCGCAUUUUGUCUUUAGAGU